AUGUCAUUCCAGCAGCUUGAAGAUGAAUCAACCAGUGAUGCAUGGGAGAGAUUUAAGGAGCUUUUGCGGAAGUGUCCACACCACGGCAUCCCGCACUGUAUACAGAUGGAGACCUUCUAUAAUGGCCUCAAUGGAGCUUCUAGAAUGGUAUUAGACGCCUCAGCCAAUGGAGCUAUUUUUUCCAAGUCUUAUAAUGAAGCUUUCAAAAUUCUAGAAAGGAUAGCCAGUAAUAAUUAUCAGUGGUCUAAUACAAGAGCUCCAGCAAGUAGAAAAGUGGCAGGGGUUCUUGAAGUAGAUGCAUUAACAACUUUGACAACCCAAAUGGCCUCCAUGACUAAUAUUCUGAAAAAUAUGAGUUUGGGGAACAACAUUAAGCCAGCUGCUGCCAUUCAAAGUGGAGACAUUUCCUGUGUAUAUUGUGGAGAUGGGCACAUGUUUGACAAUUGCUCUUCUAACCCAGCAGCAGUUUGUUAUGUGGGGAACCAGAAUUUUAACCGAAACAGUGGCCCAUACUCAAAUUCGUAUAACCCAACUUGGAGGCAGCAUCCGAAUUUGUCUUGGGGGGGUCAAGGAGCAAGUUCCAGCAACACACCAGCACCAGGAAAGCAAGCUUAUCCACCAGAUUUUUCUCAGCAGCCAAGGGCUCCACAACCGCAACACCCUCAAGGCUCCCAAUCUAAUUCUUUGGAGAGUUUAAUGAGGGAUUAUAUGGCCAAGAAUGAUGCUAUGAUACAGAGUCAGGCAGCAUCUCUUCGAAACCUUGGAAUGCAGCUGGGGCAAUUGGCCAAUGAAUUAAAAAAUAGGCCGCAAGUUUCUUUACCUAGUGACACGGAGAAUCCAAGGAGGGAUGGGAAGGAACAUUGCAAGGCUAUCAAUCUAAGGAAUGGAAAAAUUCUGGAAAAUUCUGAGGAGAAAAUAAAGGGCAGUGGGGAGCCCACUUCAAUCCAAACCGAAGGAGAAUCGAGUAACAAAACUGCCCAGGAAGUUACUGAAACUGGCCCAGUUGCUACAGCAAAGGGUCAGCAAUUUGUUUCAGUAAAUUCUGGACCUAAACCGCCCCUUCCAUUUCCUCAGAGAUUUCGGAAACAGCAACAGGAUGGUCAAUUCAGGAAGUUUCUGGAUGUGUUGAAACAGCUGCAUAUUAACAUCCCCUUGGUCGAAGCACUGGAGCAAAUGCCAAAUUAUGUUAAGUUCUUAAAGGAUAUCUUGACGGAGAAAAGGAGAUUGGGGGAGUUUGAGACUGUAGCUCUUACAGAGGGUUGCAGUGCUAUGUUGAAAAGUAAGAUCCCUCCUAAGUUGAAAGACCCUGGCAGUUUUACGAUUCCGUGUUCUAUUGGAGGUCGGGAUGUUGGAAGAGCAUUAUGUGAUUUGGGCGCGAGCAUUAACCUCAUGCCAAUGUCUAUCUUUAAGAAGCUGGGUAUUGGUGAAGCACGGCCUACGACUGUUACAUUGUAG